CCCGGUUCGCUAAAAGAAGGGAAGAAAGAUCGUACCGGAAAACCGGACAAGACGGGUGUGCCGUUGUGGAUGUUGGGGUUGGGUGUGGACCGGCUUCAAGCCGACAUCAACCGCCUUCUAACCUCCCUUUUCCACCAGGGAGUGCUGGACGAGCAGUUCUUGCAGCUGCAACAGCUUCAAGAUGACACUUCACCAACAUUUGUGUACGAUGUCAUUAAUAUCUAUUUCGACGAAUCCGAGAAGCUACUCCGCAACCUUCGAUUAUUGCUGAUGGAUAGAGAAUUUUCGGACUACAAGAAGAUAGGUUUGCAUCUGAAUCAGUUGGUAGGAAGCAGUUCAAGCAUUGGUGCUCGUAGGGUUCGUAACGUCUGUGUUGCCUUUCGCUCUGCGUCCGAGCUUAACAACCGCCCAGGGUGCUUGAGAGGGCUGGAGGUAGUAGAGCAUGAGUAUCAUUAUCUCAAGAAUAUGAUGCAUGAACUCUUCCAGGUACUUAUUCACGUAAUUAGUUACACACACAACAGUUUAUAUAACUACUUGAUUGACCCAACAUGAAGCAGGGCAUAUAUUUUGGUAAUUACUAAUGUUACACUAAUUUGCUGGAAUGAUUCUGAAUACGGUUGCAGCUGGAGCAGCAGAGGCUAUUGGCUGCAGGAGUCAGAUAUCCAAUGUAGAUCUUAUAAUUACGUUCUAUCAUAAAAUUCCGAUAAUUAAGUAAUGACAGAUAAUUAGUGACUGAUGUACGGAUUCGUAAGCUAGCCAAGCUUUUCUUUUGUUUUCUAAUGCUUUGUUA